CUAACUCCACUCAUCCUUUUAUUUCCUCCCAGGCCAGUAUCUCUCUCAUACCCCUUCCCCUUCACUCAACAUGACUCUAAACUCCAAACAAUUCCUCUCCACCCUCUUCUUCUCCCUCUCGAUACUUUUCAAUUUUCCGGCGCCGGCGACACCCCAAGAAUGCCCAUACCCAUGUUACCCGCCACCGACCGGGGCUGGAAACAACCCACAAACGCCACCUUCAACCGCCUUAACUCCGCCCUCCCAAACAGGGUUCUAUUAUCCACCUCCUGCAGCCUUUGUUAACCCUCCACCUAGUGGGUAUUUCCCCUACUCGCCCCCUAGUACUUUCGGUAUCUCCCCUCCACCCCCUGAGUCAGUUGUGCCGUGGUUUCCGUACUACUACAGGAAGCCUCCGUUUCAGUCCGUUGAUCAAUCAUCAUCAAAUGCCGUUCGAAGAUCAGCGAUCGUGAUCGUGGUGACCCAUGUUCUCUGUUUUCUUAUUUUCCUUUCUGUUUUGUAGAAAAUGAGAAGUAGGAUCUCAACUUUGGUUUGGGUGGAACUCUCCAUACCCAUAUCCUCAUUAUUCUUCCAAACUUAUCUUUGUGGGUCCCUUACAGAGUGUCAUUAAUAAUCGAAACCCUUAAUCUCAUCAAUUUCACAUAGAAAA